AUGAAGCUACUGCUCGCAAACGCCAGUAUCAGGCUAAACCCGAAGGAUAACUUGGGUCGAACACCGUUAUCCUAUGUAGCUGGAGGUGGAGGAGGUGGAUAUGAAGCAGUGGUCAGACUACUGCUAGACCGACAAGAUGUCGAGGCGGACUGGAAGGAUAACGAUGGGUUGACUCCGUUAUCCUAUGCGGCUCGAGGUAGAUAUGAAGCGUCGGUCAGGCUAUUGCUAGACCGACAAGAUGUUGAGGCGGACUCGAAGGAUAACGAUAGGUUGACACCGAUAUCCUGUGCGGCUGGAGGUGGACAUAAAGGGGUGGUCAGGCUACUGCUGGACCGACAAGAUAUGGAGGCGGACUCGAAGGAUAACUUGGGUCGGACACCGUUGUUAUAUGCGGCCUGGCGCGGACAUGAAGGGGUGGUUAGGAUACUGCUAGACCGACAAGAUGUCGAGGCAGACUCAAAGGCUAACUGGGGUCAGACACCGUUGUCCUUUGCGGCUGGAGGUGGACAUGAAGGGGUGGUCAGGCUACUGCUGGACCGACAAGAUGUAGAGGCGGACUCGAAGGAUAACUGGGGUCGGACACCGUUAUCCUGUGCGGCUGAAGGUGGACAUGAAGCAGUGGUCAGGCUGCUGCUGGACCGACAAGAUGUCGAGGCGGACUCGAAGGAUAACUUGGGUCAGACACCGUUGUUAUAUGCGGCCUGGCGCGGACAUGAAGGGGUGGUUAGGAUACUGCUGGACCGACAAGAUGUCGAGGCAGACUCAAAGGCUAACUGGGGUCGGACACCGUUAUCCUGUGCGGCUGAAGGUGGACAUGAAGCAGUGGUCAGGCUGCUGCUGGACCGACAAGAUGUCGAGGCGGACUCGAAGGAUAACUGUUGA